AUGACGAGCGAUUCAUCCGCAGGCCUCUAUCCGCGAUACUGCCUACACCUCUCCCCUACCUUUAACACCUGGUGUCUCUUGCACGCAUCCGACAUCCACGCCCUGAAAUCCGUGCCUGAAUAUGAAGUCCAGAACUUCUACUUCCACAAUAACUUGCCUAUCAAAUGGGCUCGUAUCGUUGGCAUUGUUGUCGCCGUCGAUGACUUCCCGGGCCGGCGCAUCUACACGGUUGAUGACAGCAGCGGGGCGUGCAUCGAAUGCGUCGUCGUACUGAAGACGCCGCCGUUAUUGGACACGAGCGCACCGAAACCCGAUACGGCCGGAUGGUUUAACGGCAAUAGGCCGCAGCCGCAGCCGCCAGCGGACUGCUUGGAUGUGGACGUGGGUAGUGUCGUCGACCUCAAGGGGGGCCUCGCGACGUUUCGCGAGGAGAAGCAGAUCAAGAUCGAAAAGGUUAGGAUCAUCAGGUCCACGGAGCAGGAGGUGGCGCUAUGGGAGCGGCGCACACGGUUUCGGAACGACGUCCUCCUGCAGCCUUGGGUGCUCAGUGAGAAGCAAAUACGGAAGUGCAAAAAGGAGGAAACGAGGGACACUACUGGAAACGACGGUGAUGAGAAACAGCGCAAGAAAGAGAAGAGGCGGGAGCAUAGGAGGAAGAUAGAAGAGGAAAUGCGGCAAAAGACCGAUGCUGCUGCGGCGGCGGCGGCGGCGGCGGCAGCGGCAGCGGCAGCAGCGAAAGAAGAUCGAUACCGCGUCCAUAAGCUGAGAAAGGAAGUGGAACGACCGCCGAUGCCUUUUCUCACUUCAGCAGCCGCAGAUCCGAUCGCGGAAGGGGAUCGAUACCGCGUCCAUAAGCUGAGAAAGGAAACGGAGCGGCCUCCAAAGACUAUUUCCCACUCGGCAGCCGCAGAUUCGACCGCAAAAGAUGAUCGAUAUCGUGUUCACAAGCUGGGAAACUUGAGAGUCAACAACUCUGGCAGGAGGACCGGUGCAUCUGGUGGCCUAUUGCGGCAAGUCCUCGACAGAAGCACCGGUGGGGGGAUGUAG